CUGCGGAACUAUUUUGAAAAUUUGCAUACGGCUCUGGCGUGUCCGGAUACUGAGACCCCAUUUUCUGAUCUUCGCGAUGUUUUGCAACGGUUAUUACCAUAUCACGCAUACGGUGAACCGAAUCUCAGUGAUGAGCAUUUGGAACAAUUCGAUACUAAUUAUAUGCGGACCAACAUUAACUUAUAUGAACAAAGGAAGCAUUUAGAAAAGCGGUUACGAAAGGUGUUAUUCGAUGAGGCAUUGCAUGGUACUGAAGCUGAAGAACGGAAUUUGUUGCUAUUUCUUGAUGGUGAAUAUGAAAAGCGAAAGCUCGAGGAAGAGAAGGAGCUCGUAAAGCAGGGCAAUAUCGAAGAAUUCGUACGUGAUAGCGCGAUUGUGGCUGCCUUACGUGAUUCGGACUAUGAAGUAGCAGAGAAACCGAAGGCAGCGACUCCUUCAACGAGGCCAUCCAGCUCGAAAUCGCUCAUGCAGCAGUAUGAAUAUCACCCAUUUGAUGAAACUCCUCGAGUGGUCUCGCCGUACAAGUCGCCUUCACCCUUCAAGUCGCCUGCUAGUAGCAUUCGGUAA